CCUCUCUUUUCGUCGUCAAUGGAAUAGGUUUUAGAGGGACUCAAUUGUCAAAUUCGAGAACCUUUUUGGAUUUGAGUCCCCUGUCUAGGGUUAUUCCUUUUGCUACUCUGAUAUUCCGAUUCGUGUUUCUUUAUUGGGUGAUUGUUUUCGUUUCGGAAAAGCUUACUAGGGUUUCUGGGUUGGUGGUUCUAAACAGCCGUCGAUUCGCAUUCAUUUAUAGAUUUGAAGGCGCCUUGUGAAUUGGACAGGAAGUUUAGAUGCAGUAUUAAGAUUUCGAUGAAUUGUUAGUUUGGCGGUAGUUUAUGUAGUUAUGUACGUCUAUUGUGGUGAAUGUAGUCAAGUGUUGGGUCGUAAGGAUUUUAGGGCUUGCUAGUUUUUGAGUGGUUGCGUUGGGUUUCUGGUAUUUUUUUUUUUGUUCAAUAUUUGAUGUUCGUGUCGGCAAUAGCUUUAAACAGCUAUAUCUUCGCGUUCCUUGAGUGAUAAUCGUUCUGUUUUUCUUCCUUUUCUCCUCCUAAAACAUCGUUAGGUUUCUGUCUUGACUCUGUAUCUUCCCGUCUCUUAUAGGACUUCUGUAACGAGUGAAUUCAAAAGGGUUAUCGGAGUUAGACGUUAUAACAAAUGUCUGUAGUUUGUGAGCAGACAACCAUAUGACUGGAUUGAGGCUAGAGUGUGUAAUGAUGCAUUCCUAUGCUUCAACGUGCACAAUCAUAUACGAGAAUGAAUUUAGUUGGGAAGAUGUGAAAGUUGAUAAACACAGGGAAAACUUCCUUGGCCACAGCAUCAAAGCUCCUGUUGGAAGAUGGCAAAAAGGGAAAGAUCUACACUGGUAUGCACGGGAUAAAAAGUCAAGUUUGGAUGUGGAUCAUGCAAAGGAGGAGAUAAAGUUGAUCAAGGAGCAGGAGGAACAGGCGAUGAGGGAGGCUCUUGGUUUAGCUCCUAAAACUUCUGGCAGAUCUCAUGGUAAUCGCCUUGAUAAGCACGAAUUCUCAGAACUUGUGAAGCGAGGCAGCACGGCAGAAGACUUGGGCGCGGGCCAUGCUGAAGCUGCACGGGUUCAGGGUCUUGGUUUUUUGAGAGCACCUCGUGCAUGGGAAGAAUCUAGUUCUCUUCCGCAUACUCAAAUGGGCACCUCUGCUGGUCUGGAGAAAACGGAUGUCCCUGACCUGCCUGCUAGGAAUACAAAAGAAGAGGAAGUGGAGGAUGAAAAGAACAGCAAGAAAAGGAGGCGUGAAGAGAGACGGGAGAGGCAUGAAGAGAGACGUGAGAGGCGUGAAGAGAGACGUGAAAGGCGUGAGAAACAUGAGAAGUAUGAGAAGAGACACUCUCGUGAUUCCAAUGAUAGGAAGAAACGGAGUAGAGACAAAGAAAGGGGAAGACACGACUCUGAUUGAACACAAGGAUCAUGGUUCACACUAUGCCAUAUACUCUGUAACUUGACAUGGGAUGAACAUCAUCCAUUACUAGAAAUUCAUUGAGUGUGUGCCGACUGAUUAUUUACUCUGCAUUUACAUUCCAUGUAUUAAUGGUAGUUCUAUAAGGGUCAAAAUCCCCAAUGUUCAGUUACAUAAUUGUCAUUUCUCUGACUUCAAGUUGUAGGUACUGUUCUUCAAUCUCCAGGUUCAUUGGGCUCUUCCAUCUCCAAAUGGUCUUUGCUUUAGUGGCUCUCAUAUGGCUGGUGAUGAAGAAGCUGACUCCUUUUAGUAAGAGUGUAAAUCUUCUUUUCUGUAAUCUCUGAUUUCUUUAGAUUAUAAUCUUUAAUCAAAUUCAAACCGUUCAGUUCCACUGAGCUUAGUUUUGAAUUUUUUGUUAGAUGACUGUGAUCCGGAAAAUGGUUAUACUUUGAUCUUAUGACUUCAAAAAGCCCUUAUUUAGAGUUGAUAUUUGAGGAUUUGAUGAGAUAGAGAUGCAAAAAUGGACGUUUCUUGAGAUUCAUUGGAAGUCUCCCAUGGACCAACUAUAUGAAUGGUGAAAAGCUAUUGUAUACAAAUUACAAGGAAUGACCUUACUUGAACAGGAUCUGUUCUAUAUAUUGUAUAUUUAACCUGUUCUAUAGGUUGUAUAAUUGUGUCCGAGUUCUUAGGUAUACAGAUUACUGGAGAAAUUUCUUCCUACCCUUCCAUCAACUUUAGAUUUAAUUUCACCUUUUAUUGUGUUGGAAAUUUUUUCAAUGUAGCAUGUUUGAUGACUA